UCCGCUAUUCCCGUCUACCCGCUCUCAUUUCCGGCGCGACAUAACGAAUGUGUUUCGUUGUUGCGCUCGAGCCCCGGUGAAUUUAAACGAGUACCAGCAGAGAUGUCGACCGCCCUUGAGAGUUAUAUCAACCGGACUGUUGCCAUCGUCACUUCAGAUGGUAGAAUGAUUGUGGGAACAUUAAAGGGCUUCGAUCAGACAAUCAACCUCAUUCUGGAUGAGAGCCACGAGCGGGUGUUCAGCUCUUCUCAGGGGGUGGAACAGGUUGUUCUGGGGCUUUAUAUCGUCAGAGGCGAUAAUGUGGCUGUAAUCGGUGAAAUCGAUGAAGAGACCGAUUCUGCACUGGACCUUGGAAACAUACGAGCUGAACCACUCAAUUCUGUGGCACACUGACACAGAAAGGACAGAAAACUUCCUUUCAGAUGAAACUCCCCACAUCCAUUUAAAGAUGCUCCCUAGGAAACUUACAGAUGCGGAAAAGCAGCAAUAUCAUUUGCUUUUUUUAAUCUAGAUGAAAAUGGACUUGGAUAUCCUUUUUUACUUAUUGCAAUAAAAAAACACUUAAAGAAA